GCUUUGACGUGGAUAAAUACUGGGGAAUCAAAUUUAAAUAAUAAUUUAAUAAAAAAGGAUGAUUUUUUGACACAAGCCACAGCUGAUGGUCUCAAAAUAACUAUUAAGUCAACCAUAGAUAUUGUAGAUUACUUAUUAAAUAAAUGUAAUUUUAUGUAUGUUUUGACGGCCAAAUUAAAUCAAGAUUGUUUGGAAAAGUUUUUUGGUAUUAUACGUCAGGUAGCUGGACCAAAUGAUCAUCCGUCCACACCUACAUUUCUCCAGCUUUAUAGGAUGCUGUCUGUAUAUUCACUUAUUAAACCACCAAAGACUGGUAACUGUACAAUUUUUGAAGACAACAUUCCAAUCAUUACAGUCACAGAUUUAAAGGAUAUCAUUAAUGACCCAACUAAUACUUCUGAUAGAAUUAAUAAGAUUGAAAAACUAAAAGAAAAAAUUAAUCAUAUUGUAGAUAAGGGAUGCUGGGAUGCUGAUGAUGUUUUUACUGAGCAUAAUUAUUCAAAUUCUGCUGUUUUUGAUUGUAUUGUGUAUUAUUUAGCUGGGUAA